AUGGGACGGGACAUCAAGGUUCUCCUAUUCGGAGAUCAAUCGGAAGAAAGAUUCGAUGACUUGCGCGACUUAGUGACAGUUACCGACAACCCUCUUCUGAGCUCUUUUAUUGAAAAGGCAUAUUUCAUCUUGCGAGACGAAGUCACCCAUCUCCCUCAUGUGACGCGGGGCUUGCCGGGCUUCACCAGCAUCGAGACCUUGCUGUGGCGGUAUAGGGAAGCGGGAGUGCGACAUCCAGCAAUUGAAAGCGCGUUGGUGUGUAUUCAUCAGAUUGGGACUCUGCUGAGAUACUACGGAGAUGGAUCCGAGAUCUAUCCCAAGCCCGAAGAUACCAGACUCGUGGCAUCAUGUACUGGACUGCUCUCUGCCGCCGCCGUCAGCUGCGCGCGUACCUAUCGCGAGCUUGUCUCUGUCGGCCUCGAGGCUCUCAAGCUUGCAUUCCGUGUGGGCGCCCAGGUCACCGAAGUGUGUGAGGAGAUUGAACAGACGUCGCUGCCAAGCAGUUGGGCAGCCAUCUUCCCCGGAGUGGGAAAGGAAUCGGCCUACUUAGCACUCGAUGACUAUUACAAGAAAACUAAAAUCCCCCCAACUAGCCGACCUUAUGUGUCUGCGACCAGCACCAACUCAGUCACCAUCAGCGCCCCACCGGGAGACUUGGAAAGGUUGAUUGAAGACGGAAUCUUCAAAUCUUGUCGACCAAUUCGGCUUCCCAUCUUCGGGCCCUACCAUGCACCUCAUUUCUAUAGUGACGAGACGGUGGUCUCUUUGGCCACGUCCAUCGAGGGCGAGAGCACCGGCCAAUGGAAAGCGCGAAUUCCCAUUAUCAACAAUGGCAAAGAGUAUGCCUACGACGCGUCCAAUUUCCGUCAGCUGGUUGAGGAUGUCCUCGAAGACAUUCUGCUAAAACCUCUACAUUGGGACAGACUGUGUACCAACUGUGUGGCCAGCGUCUCCUCGGCUGAACCAGAACAGUGCCGUGUUGUUCCUGUGGGCGCAAAGAAUGCCUCUGCUAGCCUGGUCAAUGCCUUGAAUCACAAAGCUUCAUUCAAGAUUGUGGUUGACAACCGCAAAACAGAGGUUACUGACGAGCCUAAGGAGCCCAAGCCAAUCGGAGGUCUUGGUAAACCCAAGAUUGCUAUUGUUGGCAUGUCUGGCAGAUUCCCGGAUGCCAUGAGCCCGAGCUUGUUCUGGGACCUUUUAAAGAAAGGCCUUGACGUUCACCGCGAAGUGCCCCCGGAUCGAUUUGAUGCGCAAGCACACUACGACCCGAGCGGCAAACGAAGAAAUACAAGCCAUACACCGUAUGGUUGCUUCAUCGACCAUCCUGGCUUGUUUGACGCCCGCUUUUUCAACAUGAGUCCCAAGGAAGCGGCUCAGACAGACCCUAUGCACCGUCUUGCGUUGUUGACUGCUUACGAGGCGCUCGAAAUGUCGGGCUUUGUCCCUAACAGAACACCUUCAACUAUGGUUGAUCGAGUCGGCACAUUUUAUGGCCAGACUUCUGAUGACUGGCGAGAGAUUCAAGAUGGACAAAACAUCCAAACAUAUUUCAUCCCUGGAGGUGUGAGAGCUUUUGCACCGGGGCGAAUCAAUUAUCAUUUUGGGUUUUCCGGCCCUAGCUUCAGCGUCGACACAGCAUGCUCUUCUAGUCUUGCUGCAAUUAACAUUGCUUGCAACUCCCUCUGGCUUGGAGACUGCGACACUGCGCUUGCCGGUGGUCUCAAUGUCUUGACAAACCCAGAUAUCUUCUCCGGGCUGUCGCGUGGCCAGUUCUUGUCCAAGACGGGCAACUGCAAGACAUUCGACGAUGCAGCGGACGGUUACUGUCGCGGAGACGGCGCCGGCACGGUAAUCCUUAAACGUCUGGAAGAUGCUGAAGCGGAUAACGACCCGAUUCUGGCUGUCAUCCUCGGCACAGGGACCAACCACUCUGCCGAUGCGGUGUCGAUCACUCACCCUCAUGCGGGUGCGCAGGAGUAUCUCUUCAAGAAGGUGCUUACAGAGUGUAACCUCGAUCCUCAUGAUAUUUCUUACGUGGAAAUGCACGGUACUGGUACCCAAGCAGGUGAUGCCAUCGAAAUGGAAUCGGUCCUGGGAGCAUUCGCUCCAGCGAACCGGCAGCGUCCUCCAGAGCGGCCACUUUAUCUAGGGUCUGUGAAAGCGAAUGUCGGACAUGGCGAGGCUGCUUCGGGUAUCACUGCCCUCGUCAAAAUCCUCCUCAUGCUUGAGAACGAACUCAUUCCACCUCACUGCGGUAUCAAAGGCAGCAUCAACCACAAUUUCCCUGAUCUUGGGGCUCGCAAUGUGCACAUCUCUCUUGGUCGCGAGACUCCCUGGAAGCGACCGCAAGGUGGCAAACGCAGAAUGUUUCUGAACAACUUCAGUGCCGCAGGAGGAAACACCUCACUUCUCAUGGAAGAUGGAGCUCUACCUACUUUUGACGGCGAAGAUCCUCGCUCGACUGCUGUCGUUGCGGUUACUGGUAAGACCAAGAAAGCCUUGGUUGACAACACAAAGAACCUCAUCGGUUAUAUAUCCGACAAACCUGUAGAUCUCCCAUGUUUGUCCUACACCACGACAGCAAGAAGAGUGCACUACUCGUACAGAACGAUUGUUACCGGCUCCGAUCUGGCUGCCAUCAAGUCAGGGCUUCAGAAGUCCCUGGAAUCUGAGCCAACUUCUGUUCCCUCGGGUGUCCAGAUGGUGUUUGCUUUCACUGGACAAGGAUCUCACUAUACUGCCAUGGGCAAACAGCUUUACGAAACCAACAACCAAUUCAAAGCUGAUAUUCGACGCUUCGAUCUGCUUGCUCGGAAUCAAGGACUGCCAGCUAUCUUACCCUUGGUCGAUGGCAGCACUGAAAUUGAAAAGCUCAGCCCAGUGGUGGUGCAGACCGGAGCUGUUUGUGUUCAGAUGGCGCUCGUUCGAUUGUGGAGAUCCUGGGGUAUCAAGCCCGCCGCAGUCAUUGGUCACAGCCUUGGAGAAUAUGCGGCUUUGCAGGCUGCUGGUGUGUUGUCUAUCAACGAUGCUGUCUUCUUGACAGGCACACGGGCUAAAUGUCUCGAGCAACAUUGUACGAUGAACACGCACGCAAUGUUGUCUGUGGCUGCCUCAGUCCAGGAACUUGAAGAGGUUGUCGACGGGAAGACGCUUGAAAUCGCUUGCAUCAACGGCGCGAAGGCAACAGUGAUCAGUGGAGAGUCUUCCGACAUUGACAAGCUGAAGGAGCAGUUGUCCUCCAAAGGCAUGAAAUGCACCAAGUUAGCAGUGCCUUUCGCGUUCCACUCCGCUCAAGUAGAACCUGCUUUGGACGACUUCGAAGCAGCCGCCGCCGGCGUCACCUACAAUGCUCCGAAAAUACCUCUCAUUGCUCCACUACUGAGCACUGUGAUCAGGGAUGGAGGAACAGUCAACGCAGAGUAUCUGAGACGUCACUGCCGUGAGCCGGUGAACUUCCUGGGUGCCAUUCAAGCUGCAAAGGACAAGGGCAUUAUCAAGGAUAAGUCCCAGUUCCUAGAAAUCGGCAGCCACCCGAUCUGCAGCGGCAUGGUCAAAUCGAUCCUGGGCCCGACUACUGUGGCACUUCCGUCAUUGAAACGGGACGAAGAUGUUUACAAGACUCUUACAGCGACUCUGUGUGGCCUUCAUUACGCUGGCCUUACAAUCAAUUGGGAUAGCUACCACGAAAGCUUCCCCCGCUGCCAGCAGACCCUGAAGUUGCCAGCCUAUGCUUGGGACGCCACAAACUUCUGGAUCAAUUACGAGAACAAUUGGACGCUCACCAAACCUAAUCUAGCACCGAUCUCUGAGGGCGAGCAACCCAAGAAAUUGAGCACAAGCACUGUCCAGCGUGUCGUGGAAGAGAAAUUCCAGGAUCAAACUGGCACUUUGACCACCGAGACCGAUAUUUCCAAGCCGGAACUCGAGGAGACCAUCAAGGGUCAUCUUGUGAAUGGCUCCGCCUUGACUUCCAGUGCAGUCUACGCAGACAUGGCGCUGACUAUUGGUGAUUAUGUUCACCGCAAGCUACAACCAGAGAUUGAUAAAUUUGCGUUAAAUUGUGCCAACAUGGUGGUCGAAAAGCCCCUCAUCUUCAAGGGUAGCGAGCAACUUCUCCGCGUCGACUGCAAGGCGGAUCUCACUCAGGGUACCUGCUACCUCACCUUUUACAGCGUCGGCCCCAAAGGACAGAAGCUCAUGGAACACGCCCAUUGUGAGGUUCAGUAUGGUGAUGCAGAGAGAUGGUCUACGGAUCUGGCUCGACAAAAGUACCUUGUGCAGAGCCAAGUUGACCGGCUGUUGCAGAUGGGUCAAAAUGGUGUCCUCAGCCGACUUCAGCGAAAGAUGGCCUACAAACUUUUCUCUGCUCUUGUCGACUACCAGAACGCGUACAAAGGAAUGGCAGAAGUCAUCCUUGACAGUCCAUUGCGCGAAGGCACUGCCAAAAUUGAACUUCAGACGAGCAGUGCCGGCACCUUCUACAUUGCACCGUAUCACAUCGACUGCCUCUGCCAUCUCGCGGGCUUCAUCAUGAACGCAAACGACGAACUCGAUUCGUCACAGACCGUCUAUGUCAACCAUGGGUGGGACUCCUUACGUUUCUUUGAGAAGCCGUCGCCGUCAAAGCAGUACCGUUCUUACGUCAGGAUGCAACCUACAGGUCCCAACUCGAAGGACUACUCUGGAGAUGUGUUCGUCUUCGAUGGUGAAGGCAACAUUGUCGGCCAGAUCGGCGGCUUAACCUUCCAAUUCUUGCCCAAACAGGUUCUUGACCGAGUCCUGCCACCACCCGGUGGUUCAAAGGCGGCUGCCCCUGCUGCGACUAAAACGGCCGCUGCCGAGCCAAAGAAAGCUGCCCCCAAAUCUCCUCCCAAGCCAAAGGCAGCUCCUGCGGGCCCAAGUGUCAUGAGCCGGGCAUUGGAUAUCAUGGCUGAAGAGAUUGGUGUCCCUGUCGCAGACCUGACCGAUGACACCGAUCUCAGUGCACUGGGUGUCGACUCCUUGAUGAGUUUGACCAUCUCAGGCAAGUUCCGCGAAGGACUAGACAUCGAAAUCCCGUCGACCUUGCUGGCCGAUUCCGAAACGUUCAAACAGGUCAAGGACUUCUUGUCUCAAUUCGAGUCCAAGGAUGCUGGGGCUGCGCCACCUUCGCCCUCGAGUGCCUCCUCAGUCGGGUCGACUGAACUGUCCGGAACUUCAACUCCUGCCCAAGCUGAUACGGAGUCCAUGACUUCUGCCUCCCAGGCUGAUGAGAAACCCGCUGGAAAGGACGAUGGUAAGCUUGACGCCAUCCGGGCCGCUAUUGCCGAAGAAACUGGCAUGGAUCCCAGCGAAGUCACCUCUGAUAUGGAUCUGGAAGCCGUCGGCAUUGAUUCUUUGAUGUCUCUUCAGAUCUUGGGCUCACUGCGCGAGGACAAGGGUAUUGACCUGCCGCCCUCGUUCUUCAGUGACCACAGCACUUUCGGAGAAAUUGAGAAGGCGCUUGGCGGAGGCAAAGCGGAGAAGCCCAAACUUCCCUCCAAGUCGGAGGAUAUGUCUACGGAACAGGUCGUUGCGGAAAUGCAAACCAACAAGGAUCAAAAAUCUGCCGAGCCUCCCAAGGAACAGCAAUCUGCUCCGGCGGCUGGCACCAGCAAGGCUUUCAAGGCAUCAUCGGUCUUGUUGCAGGGAAACCCCAAAACCGCCACAAAGACCGUGUUCAUGUUCCCUGACGGCUCAGGCUCGGCGAUCAGCUACGCCACGAUCCCUCCGAUCUCGCCCAAGGAUGUCGCUCUGGUUGCUCUUAACUGUCCUUACAUGAAAGAGCCAGAAGCUUUCGAGGGCGGUAUUCCAGGAGUCACUGCACUAUACCUAGAGGAAAUCCGUCGUCGUCAACCUAAGGGACCUUACAUCCUUGGCGGCUGGUCAGCGGGAGGCAUCUGCGCCUACGAAGCCUGCCUGCAGCUCUCUGCAGUGGGCGAGACAGUCGAGAAGCUCAUCUUUCUUGACGUGCCGUGUCCUCUGCCACCACAGGCCUUGCCACCUCGCCUGCACCACUUUUUCGACACGAUUGGCUUGCUGGGCCAGGAAGGCGAAGCGCCAAGCUGGCUCAUCCCGCAUUUCACGGCAACCAUCAAAGCGUUGAGCAGCUACCGACCGCGUCUCAUGGACCCUGCAAAGGAAAAGAUCCCGAAUGUAUACACCAUCUAUGCGCAGGAUGGUGUGUGCAAGAAUGACGACGACCCACGGCCCGAGCUUACGCCGGACGAUCCGCCACACAUGAACUGGCUGCUCUUCAACCGCAAGGACUUUGGCCCCAUCGGCUGGGAGAAGCUGUUCGGCGGCUCCGACAACAUCAUCGGUCUUGACCCCGUUCCCAACGUCAAUCACUUCACCAUGAUGCGCGAGCCCAUGGUCAAAGAGCUGCCCAGCCGCAUUCAGAAGGCCUUGGACGUGACUGGCGAGUAA